GUGCAUUAUUCAAGCUUAUUCAAACUUGCUAAACCAAAAUGCUUUUCAUGCAGCGUGGAGGAAAAACGUCACAGGAAGAAGCUUCUGACCAAACCAGACUGAGGGUAACCGCCUGCCUCGACCAGUUGGCUCUUAGCAUUCAGGUCAGGCCUCCUUUAUUGUGAUCCACAACAAGGUCUCAGACGUCAGGAGGUUGCGUGCGCGCUCGUGACGUACGGCGUCGUCUCCCUGACGUCACUGCCCCUCUGAUCCAUAUCCGAAAUCCCCGAUAACGCGGUGCGCGCUCCCGCUCGGCUCUGAAUGGGGGCUCAGUCCGGCUUGUGACAGCUCGUCCAGGAGUAUAACCACCGCAACGCACGCCACGGUCGGUCGGCGCGUCCUCUUCCAAGUCGGGUCCGCUGUUUGUCAGACACACCGGUAGUCGACGGCCCCCGCUCCUCCCGGUAGUACACAUUUAUUCAGGUAGUAUGGUAGCGCACUGACAAGCCCCACUACACUACUUGGGGCUGGUGUACUGACUCUUCUUAUUCUCAGCCCGGCAAGUUAAGUGUGUGUUUGCACUGACGGGGCGGAGGUGUCUCUGUCUGUCCAGGAAUGAGAAAUGAUGGCCGGCUCUACAGCAGAGGAGAAAACCUUCCGACGGUUCCUGGAGCUCUUUAUUCGGGAGAUGAGGAUGCCUCUGCAGGAGAGCGACCCGCUCCCGAUGCGCCCCUUGACGGACCUGGUGUCUGAGGAAGAAGUGGAAGGAGAAUGCCUCGACCUGUGUCUCCAGCACCUCUACAAAUAUAACUGCCCCUGCUCCCUGGCUGCCGCCCUGGCCAGAGCCACAGCGGACAGCAUCCUGCAGACCGACCUCUCCAUCCACCACCUGAAUAAGACCGUUGAGGAAGGAGCCGACCCGUUGCCACAAAUAGAGUCUGUGAAACUGGCCCGGCUGGUGUUUAACAGGCUGUUUGAGAUGUGCUGCCUCUGGAUGAAGGAGCUGCCGUUCCGCCGCCGUCCGCAGCCGUACUACGAGACGUCCAUCCACGCCAUCAAGAACAUGAGGCGCAAGAUGGAGGACAAGCACGUCAUCAUCCCCGACUUCAACACUCUCUUCAACAUUCAGGAUCAGGAGGAACAGGCUUUCUUUGCUGUGUUUGACGGUCACGGCGGCGUGGACGCGGCCAUUUACGCCGCCAACCACCUCCACGUCAACCUGGUUCGUCAGGAGUCCUUCGGCCAGGACCCCAUCGAGGCGCUCUGCAGAGCCUUCAAAGUCACGGAUGAACGCUUCGUGAAGAAGGCCUCCCGAGAGCACCUGCGCUGUGGCACCACCGGCGUGGUGACGUUCCUGCGGGGCCGGACGUUGUACGUGGCCUGGCUCGGAGACUCCCAGGUGAUUCUGGUCAGGAGAGGGCAGGUGGUGGAGCUGAUGAAGCCGCAUAAACCAGACAGAGAGGAUGAGAAGCAGAGGAUCGAGGCUCUGGGGGGCUGCGUGAUCUGGUUCGGCACAUGGAGGGUCAACGGCAGUCUGUCUGUAUCCAGAGCUAUAGGUGACUCCGAGCACAAGCCCUACAUCUGCGGCGACGCAGACCACGGCGUCUUCCCGCUGGACGGCUCAGAAGACUACCUGAUCCUGGCCUGCGACGGCUUCUGGGACACAGUGAGUCCAGACGAGGCGGUGCGGGUGGUCAGCGACCACCUCCAGGAGAACUCUGGAGACACCACCAUGGUGGCUCACAAGCUGGUGGCCUCGGCCCGAGACGCGGGCUCCAGCGACAACAUCACCGUCAUAGUGGUGUUCUUGCGGGACCCGCGCUCCCCGCCGCCCAACAGCGCCGAGGACGAGGAGGAGGGCGCGGCGGAGGGGGAGGUGGAGGAGGAGGAGGUGGCGGAGGUGGAGGAGGAGGAGCAGGAAGAGGAGGAGGAGGAAGACGAAGCGGCCAGGGUGGAGCGCGACGGCAGAGAGGGAGGCAGCACUGCGGACAACGGGGGGAAGGGCCGCGGAGGCUGGCCCCUCCAGCAGUGCUCGGCCCCCGCCGACCUCGGCUACGAAGACCGAACUGACUCGUUCACGGACAGAACCAGCCUCAGCCUCCUGGGGCCGACGCUGGAGGGCCGCAUCUCCCUGACCCGGGGCUCCAGGGCGCCCGCCUUCGACUUUAGCCCCGGCCUCUUCGCGGCCUCCCGCGGCUACCGAGACGAGCGCCCGCUCAGACGCAGGCCGUGUAUCCCUUUUCAAGAGGCCGGCACGUCUAGCUUCACGGACCCGCUGUGGCCCCAGACAGCCGUGCUGUUGGGCCAGGCAGUGAGGCAAAGCCACAGGCCUGGCCACGGCAGUCGCCGGUGGGGCCGGAGGUGGCCGAGCAGAUCCAGGGAGCUGCUGGGCCUGUUGCCGUCGGGCCGCUCGCCUCCUCACGUGCAGCGCCACCCGAGCCAGAGGCCUGGAGUGGCGACGCCCCAACUGCCCCACGACGCCACCAUCUGAAGAGAUGACACCGAACCAUCAUCUCCGUCAUUUCUCGCUCCCUGCCCUUCAAGCCCACCCGUCCACCCUUUGCCUUCAACAACACGUCUUUCUUUGAUAGUUGAUAGUUGUGGCUCCUGCGGUCGUUGUGUGAAUUUAUUGAAUCUCUGUCAGGGGAGUGGUGCUCUCUGUCCUAAGCCGAAAUGUUACCAAGCCGGCCCACUAAACACAGGCUCUGCUCCUUAAUGCUGUAAGUAAAGUGCAAACCUCCACCCCCCCCACCCCCUCUCGCCAUCCUCUCCAUUGUGACCACUGAAGUGGAAAUGCAGGUUUUUUUAAACAUGUGUUCAAACAGAAUGUGAAACGAAUGAGUCGACGUCAGACGCAGUGAACAGUCUGAACACAUGUGUAAGUUUAAUUUAUGUGCUUGGUCACUUUAAACCCUUCAGAUCGAAGUCUAAUCUCUUAUUCAUCAUCGCAGACUUGAACCUUACUCCAUUAUAUUCUCGUUCCACUGCAGGAAUUGGCAACAAACUGGAGGUGGAUGUUGGAUGUUGUACUAAAAUCAAUAUUUUCCCACAAAGAUAUAAACUAGAGGCAUAUUCUUGGCCUUCUAUGCUAUAAUUAAUGCUCAUUACCAAACUAAAUAUAUAUAUAAAUACAUCAUGUUUACUAUUUCCUGAUAUUAUUUAUUUGCUUAAAUUGGCGCUAGAAUAAAACUACAAAAACAAAAUGAAUUAUUUUUUCUGCACUCGAAUCAUCAACAAGAAAAACUCCUCAUGUCUCUUAAUGCCAGCGUCAGGUAUAAAUGCAGGCGGAGGCGACAGCUGUCAAGAACCUCAAGCGACCAUGCAUUAAAUUAAACACUAAUGGCCCCGGCCUCUUUGUCCCCCCUCAGCGAUUCCUCUGGUGCAGAUGAGCGGCAUCGGUAGAGGAGGCCAGAACAAUUGUUGCUCCUGCUUUUUUGAGACUAAAGGCACAUGCUGUUCCUGCCCCCUCCCAUCCCGUGGACGACCCAGCCAUUAUCCAGCCACAGUUUGUCUACAGAUAAUUGCAUUUAGCACCGGAUUAUAAAAGAUUAGCAGUCACUUACCUGAAUAAAGUCUUAAUGUAGUCCAGUUUUCCAGAUGGAGGUAUACUCCUGGGAUAAUGUGAGUUUUUUUUUUUUUUUUUUUUUUUUGGUUGUGGGGCAGAGGUAUUUAAAAAUAUACUUUCGUUAUAGCCAUUGUUCGCACAUAAUUAUUCCAAGUAUCACAGGCCUAUUACACGAAACCCACUGAUUUAAAGUUCGGUUAAUUGAAAGCAGCAGAACACGUGCCUUCCUACGUCCACCGAUAACAUUCACAUGUUGGUGUCGACGUCAAGUCUGACUCGUGUCACAUUUAUAUCAUGGCUCAAAGUCGGUUUGAAAGAGAAGUUAAACCUUUUGGGGAAAGACGCCUACGUUUGAUAUGAAGCUACAAACCAGCAGCCGAUAAACUACAUAUAUGUUGCAGCAAUGCAUCUAUGCCUGUCAUGAUGAAUUUACAGCUUCUCAGCUUGUUACAAAUUCAGGAUACAUUAAAAAAAAUCAUCUCAAAGGAUUAUCUUAUCUUGCUUAAAUGUAAAAUGCGGAUUUUCAAACAGAUUUUGCAAUCAGUGAACAAGGGAGGCUUCACAAUUCUGUCGGUCACAUGAUUUACAAAAAGAUGCACAUGCCUCACAAUCUGAUUUUACCAUUUAAAAUCACAAAUUUACCUUAAUGGAAACAUAAAACGUCAGUUUAUAGCUGCCUUUCCGAUGACGUUGUGUCAUGAACGGCGCAACUCCUGUGGUAUUUGCCAAAACUUGCAUGGCUAACGCAUAGCAGCCAUACGUUUUAACCCUAAAUAUCCAUCUUAUAAAGCUCCUCUUUAAUCCUACUUCAUAUUUAACAGCAUAAUUAACAACUAUGUAAUCAUCAAAUACUCCUCCUGCUCAUUCAUAUCACGACACUGUAGUAGCAAGUUCAUGUUAGACUCAUGUUAAACCCCUUCUAAUAAUUCACAUACCCAGUUAACUCAUCUGUGGAGACGCUCGUGUCACUUUGCAUUAAAUGUGUACCUUAAUGUGUGUAACCAUACUUGAUAAACGUGUGAACUAAUUAUACCACAAAUGUUCCAUGAAAACCACCAUGAACUCAAUUGCCGUCACUUUCACAGUCCUAAAUGAAACCCGAUCCCAUCGCAACGUUAAAUCUCUGCUCUAUGUUUAACCGUCGUCCACUUACGAAAAGUUUCCUUGUAUCUUACAGCAAAGACAUUUAUACAAAUUUUAUGUGGAGAUUUGAAGCACCAAAAAAAUAUAAAACAACAAAAAACAACACUCUCAUUUCCAGCUAGAAAACCUUGAUUUUUUGGGGGGGGGCUAGUUAGCGUGCUAAUUAGUGUUAGCUUCAUUUUUUUGUUGAGAACUUGCUUUUGAAACCAUAACAGGGGCAAACAUUUACGUGAAUAUUUAUUUCUGUACGCUAAAUAACCGCUAAAAGACAGAGGCUAAUAAGUUAGCACCCUCACCAGCUAACGAGAAUGCUAAUUUCUUUUUUUUCUAAUACGGUUUUGCAUAUUUAGUUUUUUAGUAACAGCUAAUUAAACCAAACAUUACAUAUAUGAUACAAUACGAGCGUAAAAUGUAAAACUGGAAAAUUAUUUUGGGUUUGUCUCAAGGAUAUUUUGAUGUUUUCUGGGACUAAUCCUUCAAAGUUGUCAAUUUAUCAGUUGAAUGAUUUGUGACUUAAUUCCCAAUCCCACGCUAAAUGCAACACUAACCACGUUACAAACGCAUUCUGAGCAUAAUUCUAGCUAGCUAGCUAGCUAGCUAAAUGAUAAUAAUAAAGAGCAUUGGGCCAACAUGUUUAGCGUUUACAGCUUUAGCCACUGUGAAAGACAAACCUUCUGAAAACCUCGGCUAGGUACUCGCACCCUUCCCAUUUUCAAACAAGCAAACAAAAAGAAAUGAAAUAAACAAGAAAACAAAUCACAUCUCUACACUAUGCUUGAACUUGGAGCAUUUUGUUGGCGCCGUCUGCGCCUAAAACCAAACAACUACAUCCUGCUGCAUCAGCCGUUAACACACUAUUUAAUCCAUUCCUCACACUUUUGUCUUUAAAAGUUUGAGCUAACCAAACAUCGUGCGAUGCGGCCAAUUUCCAAAUGUUUAUCAACAACCAGGUCCUUGCAAACCGUGCCUCCACUUUCCUGGCCCCAUGUCACUGGCUCAUGAAACACCCACCACCACCACCACCACCACCUCCACCACCACCUCCCCGUCCAUCCACUCUCGCUGGUAGUCGCCUGUAACUUCGUCCUGUGGACUGGCUAACGAAGACGCUUCGAUGGAGCAGAAUGUACCUCCGUGUCCGAGGAUGUUCUUCCCCGAGACCCCCGGUGAAGUCGGUCGACGUGAGGUGUCGCUUUACUUUUCGGCCCUUUUCUCGGGGCCGUCUAGCUACGAGGAAUGUACUGUCGAGACACUCAACGAAACAAAACAAAGCCACUGGAUCCCUUCGAGGAAGCGUCGCCGCCGCCGCCGCGUUCGGUCUCCAGAAGCUUCUGGAGAAGAUUCGGCGACGAGGGACGACGUUUAAAAUAUUCACUUAGGCGCUGGUGUGUGUGUAUAUUACGAGUACUAGUUGUGAGUCGAGCGAGUGCAGAAGCGGUGUACAUAUGAUUAUUCUGUCUUGUAAAUCGGUGGUUUUAAUCCAACGCUCCACGAGGGCCCGAGGUCGGACGCCGACGGUGGUCGUGUCGUCUCGCGGCCUUAGCUGCUGCUGUUUCCCCCCCGCUUCCCCCGAACCUGACGUGAAUCUGAAGAUUAUCGGGACUAAACAUCCAUAUUGCCAAUCCGCGGUAGCUUAAAUUAUUUCAUUUUAUUUUAUUUUUGUAUUCGCCUUAAAUAAAUAAAACACCUUGCCAAUGAAAUUGUAUCCGUAGUCGAUAGGUUUUCAUUCCAGCUCUGCAGGUGUUAGCCUGUUAGCGUCGCGCUGAUUAGAGGAUGACGAACAGUUUCGGCCUUAACAGUAUUCGCAACCCCUAGAAUUUUUUUACAUUUCGGCGUAAAAAUGGCUCAAAACAUGAACGGAUUUUCACGCAAGUAGACAAAGAGAACAGAAUCUAACUAAUGAGACUGAGAUUUUACACUUGUGUUAAUGUUUAUGUGGGAAAAUGAGCCAAUAUUACAUUUAUGUGAGUUGCAAAAGUGUCAAGUGUGACCCCCCCGUGCAGCAAUAAUGGCAACUUUCUUUUUACGUUGAUUAGAAAAACUUAAAUUUAACGGCACCCUAACUUAUAAUCGUAGAGGUGACUUCUCAGAUAUGUAAUAUUGCUUCAUUUUUUUCCCCUGAAUAAUGAAAUACACGGUUCAGUUCUCUGUGUCCACUCUAAAAACUUGUGUGUGUUAAUCUGCUGAAGCCUGUAGUGAUUUCUACUCACAAACAAACACAUUAAAGCGUCACUGUGAGGGUUUAGUUCGCACAUCGCACACGGUCGCUAAACUCCAGGGACUGAAAGCUGCAGCCCCGGAUAUUAUUAUAACGACAAGGUUUUAAAUCUUUUGAAACGGCAUCGGCAGAAAUUCCCGAAUCCAAAAAUUUCCCGCAAAAAAUUACGACGGAUCACGACGAGGCCUUGUCAGAACCCGGAGUUUUCUUCUUACAAAACAAACAAACACUUUGUCAUUAUAAUAGUUCUGUUGUUACAGCGAUGGUUUGGGAGCUGGUGGCGGUUCAAAGCCGAAACGCUGGAGCACGUCACGCUCACGGCUCCUCCUCGGUGCAGCUGUGCAGUAGUAGUAGUAGUUGUUUUUGGUUCUCUUUAGAUUUAUUUUUUAUUUUUUGUGAUGUAGUUUUGCAGCAGGUUGACAUGAAGCUUGUUGCUCGCUGCUGCUGCACUGUCUGGAAGGAGAGACUAAAAAUGAUUCACAGAGCUCAGUGACAAAGAUCCAUGAGUCGCAUUCACCGAAAAAAAAAAAAAGAGAAAGAAAAAUACCUGUGCAUUAGUUCUCCAGUGUUUCCCAUCAGACUAAAAAAAUCCACAGAAGUUGUCACUGUAUGAGCAAUAACAGCGUUAACCAUCACUCCUUAGCUCGAGCAAACCCCCCCCCCCCACACUCCCUCGUUCGCUCACGCUCUGCUUGCACUAAAAAAAAAAAAAAAAAGUUUAAAUAAAAAAACAAAAAAGAAGUUCCUCAGAGUUGGAUGUUUCCCACUUUCCCUCAUGACGAAAAACACGCGGAGGUUCGUCGCCGCUCGCCCACUCGUGAUCAUGACCACCUUCCAACUUAUAGGGUCCUCCAUGAACCUGCACUGUGUCUACGUACACACACACACACACACACACACACAGACACACACAAAAAAAGCUUUUUCUUUUUUUCUCUGUAAGCAAUAAUGACAUUGCAUUAAAAGUCUCUCUGCGGGUUUGUCUUCUGCUGCAGGAUGCAACAAAAAACGUAGUCCUGUCAGCCAUACUUGAAAGAGCACAUACGCAAAAGGCGAAAGGCGAAGUCGGUUUCACGUUCACUCCUCCCCCUCCUCAGAGGACGGGACGGCAAAAAUACGUCUCUAGAUUAGGUUUUAUUCGGGAAAAUGAACGUGAAGCUGAUUUAAAGCUAAAAAAAAAUAAAUUUAAAAAAAGGGAGGUGAGAUGAUGAGAUGAAGGAGGCAGGACAUUUCGGUUGUAUCGGCAUUCCUCAGCAGUUUGGACAUGUGUGCGAGAGACGGGGGGGGACAGAUGUUGUCUCUCCUUCUCGUCCUCCAGGCGUGAAGACAAACCCCCACGAUUGACUUCUUCAACAUGCAGGUUAGGUUAAAAGACAAAAAAACGAUUUAAAAAAAAAAAAAGAAACUGUAAAACACACGUUGAGUACCUGUAUUAUCCGUGUUCCUGUAGUAUAUAAAUGUGUGUUGUAACUGGUGACUAACGAUGUAUAUAAAGAUUAGACCAAGUCUC